CAGGAGGCAAAAGCGCCGGAGCAUAGGUGUCCUUUUUGGUUGGUUUGACUACAAAAUAGAGGGCGAUUCCUGGUUUAGAUGGGAUUUAUUUCAUUUACCAGGGAAACCCUAUUUUUCCAAAAGGCCACCUAUGAGCAGGAGCCGCAGCAGGAAGAGCCGGAGGAGCCUCCAGCGGAGGAGCCUCCAGCGGAGGAGCCGCCACAGAGCGACGACACCGAAGCCGCGGAAGCAAGUUCGACCAAGCCGAGUCAGCAGGAUGCCGAGGCGACUCGUGACGUUGAGCCAGGACCACCGGGCAAAGAGGCGGUCUUCUUCUGUCGAUCCAAAGACGUGGGCACGCUGCGCGGGGCCAUCCAUAAGAUCCUUGGGCAGAUGAAAGUCCUCCAGCAGAAUAUCGACAUAGUGGCACGGGAUCUGGCAGGCGUUGAAGUCCACUGAGUCGCAGUUGGUUGGGAAGGAAGUGUGGAAAUCGUCGGAAUAGCGUGUCAAACACACGUGGAAUCGACGCCUGCAGGUCCUUUUGUACAACAAUUCACCGGUCGCGCAAAAUGCGCUUGCGCCCAAUGGGAAUUUGCCUUUUGGCAGCUAGCUGUGUGUUUCUGUGGCCGGAAGUGCCUGCGCACACGGGAUCUUGGAGUCUCGAUUGCCAGGUCUCUAAAGAUUCAUGAAGCGAGAGUCAAAGCGGUGCCGCUGAUGGACCAGACAGC